GAUUUGGUUACGCUUGUUGUGGUGUUAUGUUUCUCUACGUUUAUAGAUCUUACAUUAUUUUAGUGACGAUUUUGUAAUCAAAAUCUAAAUUUGUUAUUCAUGUGAUACCUACUUUUGUUUGAAUCGAAAAUUUACUGUCAACCUUAUGUUUACUUUGUGAACAUGUGCUUCUUUGAUUAUGGCGAGAAAAUUCAGAGCUGAAGAGUGUAGGAGUCAUGUAUGGAUAUUUGGAUAGCUGACGUAUAUAGGACUAUUUGGAUGUCAAAUAGGAUGCUUUUUUCGUAAUACACAUACAAAAAUUACAAUUGAAAGAAAAUGGAUGAGCCGAAUCUCAGCUUCACCGAUUCACCUUACGCUCAGCUUCAAAAUGCCAUUGCUGCAAAGGACGUUGAUUUUGUGAAUUCCAUUUUAUACGAAGGUAGCCCCUUUAUCAACAUCGCCCACCCAGAAUCUAAAGAUACGGAACUUCACCUUAUUAUCACUAACGAUGAUCCCCAAAAAAAUUGGACUAGCAGGUUCAUGGCUCUUGGCUCGAACGUUAAUGCAAAAAAUGCCGCAGGUGACACCCCAUUGCAUAAACUGAUCUCAUCGAACGUAUUAUACCCACCUCCUAAGUUGCUCAUUAAAAAUGGAGCAGACAUGAAUAUCUUCAAUGAAAAUGGGAUAAGUCCUUUUCAAGCAGCUUUAUUGUCCAGAGGUGUGAUAGCAAUUGAAAUGUUUUAUCCAGAAGAAUACAUACAUCCAGGAAACUACAGGUACCUCGUAAAAGGCCUUUUGAAUGAAGCAAAACAUUUAAAUUUAAACAUCUCCACUUCAAAUUAUUCAACGCUUUUGCACUUUGCCGCUGAAUUUGCUGACAUUGACAUGUUUAACUUUCUUUUAAGCAAUACUAAAUAUGAUAUCAAUGCACUCAAUCCAGAAGGGGAAACACUUCUGAAUUAUACUAUCCUAAAAAGACGCGACAUCGAAAUUGUAAAAGCUCUCCUUGAUCACGGGGCCGACAUUAAUCAACGUUCUGGUUCGAAUUACACUUCGGCAAAUCUUGGAUUCACUGCAUUACAUUCUGCAGUUUUCACAAAGGUUUCAAAUAUUGUGAAGAUGCUUCUAACACAGGGCACAGAUGUGAAUGCACAAUCGAUAAGAGGUUCACCACUUCAUAUUGUUUCUGAAAAAAUGUUCUGGUCUGCAGAAAAAGCAAAGUUGCUCCUGGACUUUCACGCUGACAUCAAUGCGAGAAAUUUAUUGAAUCAAACUCCGAUUCAAAGAGCAUGUGUUGGAGGGUGUGUCGAAGCAGUCAAGUUUCUAUUACAGAACGGAGCUGAUGUUCAAACAAAAUGUUAUGAUUUUCGUAGUACCCUUCAUUAUGCCGUCUUGGGAAAUAAUUUUGAUAUUGUGAAACUCAUCUUGGACAGAGGCCUCGAUCCAAAUGCAAAGGAUAUGGAUCAACGAACACCAAUAUUUUACGCAGCGAAUAGAAAUGCUAAUUCUUCUUCACUAGCAUCUUUAAAUCUUUUACUAGAGUAUGGCGCUGACAUUAAUGCUGCAGAUUACAGGGGAGACACUGCACUUCACAGGAGUUGCAAAUUUUUUUAUUUGCAACCUGCCAAAGCUCUGCUGGAAUUAAAUGCGAAUAUUAAUGUCCUUAAUAAGAUGGGACUGACUCCUCUUGAACGUGCAAUAAGAAGCCACCGGAGGUACAACAGGCUAACUAAAUUAAAUAAAAUUUUAGAGUAUUUGUGUGCGUACAUAGACUUGGAAAUGAAUGAAAGCCUUAGUGAAGAAAAGCUAAAUAUAAUUAAAAGCGAUCCAUUGGUGCGUGAUGUUUAUAGCAAAUAUGAACGAGAAGUAAAUUUAAUGAAAAACGAGAAAAUUAGUAGUUCUAGUUCUACUUGUUAUUUUGAUUUGUUGAAGUAUGAUGAUCAAAGGUUAGCUAUAUUAGCUAGGAAUAAAACUGUGAUGAGGAUUUUAGCGACCGGCGAAUAUAGAUUCAAGUUUCCAUUAUACGAUAGUAUUCUCUACGAUUGUAUCAUGAAAGCAAAGAUUAGAAGGAAUUUAAUUGGGCGAAAUGCUCUUAUAUUGAAGAAAAUUACCAAACGGAAUUUGCCGUUUUUCAUUAUUGACAUGAUAUUCAGCAGUUUAAGUUUAAAGGAUUUGAGGAAUUUGGUAAGAGCUUAUCAGAAAGCCUAGGGUGAUGCUGAAAUCACUAAUAGCUAAAUUAUAGUAGGAGAAUCUUUCUAGAAAUUGAAACAAAAGCGGCACUUUAGUUGUUUUUGCUAGAACUACGGUUCAAGUUUGUAUAUUUAUUGUAAAAUAUCCAUAACAUUUGUGAUAUCUUUUUGUUCUUUUAUCGAACAUUUUUUUUAUAGUUUCUUAAGAAGUACAUUAAUAUUGUACGAUAAAAAAAUUUCGUUGAAUAACAAUUUGUAUGGUUUUUUCAACCAGACUAAUAAUAAUUAAAACGUGACGUGUUCAUUAUUUACGGUUUGAAUCUCAGGAGGAAAAAAGUCAGGAGUCAUCAUCUAAAAUUAAUAGAAAAGAAAGGAGAAAAAAAUAUUUUGUAUAUGUUGAUAGAUGAAUUUGACUCGAUAAUGUUUGUAUAAUAUACAUUAUUUUUGUAUUGUUUUAUAACGGCGACAUAUGUGAUUAAAAACUAUAGGAUAUGAUUGA